AUGGCGAGAGCCCCCAACCGAGCAGAAAAAGUCGACACAAUGACGCCAGACGGCGAGACUCUCGCCUUCGUUGACAUCGGCGCAAAUCUCACCGAUGAAAUGUACCAAGGCGUGUACUUUGGAAAGACGAAACACGGCGCAGAUCUCGAACGCGUCAUCGACCGGGCACGGCACGCAGGUUGCAAGAAGCUGCUGGUGACGGGCGGAAGUCUAAGCGACUCUGAAAAGGCGAUUGAACUCUGCCGGAAGUUCGAGGUCGGCUCUCUCGGCGUAUAUUCAGAUGAACAUGGGGCGGCGCUGCUGUCUUUCCGGCCGCCAGCACAUGCUGUGGAGCAUUUGAACAAACUCGUGUCGUUGAUCGAAAGAAAUCGUGAUCGCGUCGCAGCCAUCGGGGAACUAGGGCUCGAUGCUGACCGCACCCAAUUCUGCGAUCUGGAGACACAAAAAAAGUACUUUGAGCUCCAGCUGCUCCUCAGCAGGCACUUUCGCCUGCCGCUCUUUCUUCACAUGCGUGAUGCUGAGACUUCAUUCUGUGAGAUCUUAGGGCACACUCGGGAUCUGUGGGAAGCGCAAGGCGGGGUCGUUCACUCCUUCACAGAUUCUGAAGAGGCGCUGACACGCGUUCUAAAUCUCUCUCCCUCUCUCCACAUUGGAAUCAACGGCUGUUCCCUCAAGACGGAGGAAAAUCUGCAAGUUGUCAAGUCGGUCCCCCUUGAACGCCUCCAUCUGGAAACAGACGCCCCCUGGUGCGACAUUCGCCCGACGCAUGCAGGCUUUGCAAUCCUCAAAGACGAUCUUCCGACGAUUGCCGAGGAAGAGAAAAAGAAGCAGAAACCACAGAACUGGACGCCAGAGACGCAAAUCAAGAACCGCAACGAGCCGUGCAAUAUCCAGCACGUUGCAAGGAUUGUUCGUCAACUUGUCGCCCCGGAUGUGCCGUUCCCUGCGUUUACCCAAAUCGUGUGCGCGAACUCGCUGCGAAUGUUUCCCCUUAUGGCCGGGAAAUGA